AAGAAUUUAUUUCAAGUUUGCACAGCUUUAAAGUCAAGACUUUUAAAAAAGCCAAAGUUUGUGGGGUUUGCAAGCAGAUUUUUGACGGUCAAGGGAUUUCAUGUCAAGCCUGCAAGAAUUCCUGCCACAAGAAAUGUGAAGCCAAGGUUCCUGGACUUCCCUUGCCACCUGUGUCUCUCUGCUGUGACAAACCAUCCAGGUUGCCGGCUCCGAGCACCACCAUGGAAAACAGCCAUGAGCUGGACCUCACCUACAUCACUGAGCGCAUCAUUGCUGUGUCCUUUCCUGCGGGCUGCUCUGAGGACUCCUAUCUGCACAGCUUGCAGGAGGUGACGCGUAUGCUGAGGUCUAAGCAUGGGGACAACUACCUGGUAUUAAACCUUUCAGAAAAGAGGUAUGACCUGACAAAGCUUAACCCGAAGAUUCUGGACGUGGGCUGGCCUGAACUGCAUGCACCACUCCUGGACAAAGUGUGCAGCAUCUGCAAGGCCCAGGAGUCCUGGCUGAACAGUGACCCCCAGCAUGUGGUGGUCAUUCACUGCAGGGGUGGAAAGGGCCGCAUCGGAGUGGUCAUCUCAUCCUAUAUGCAUUUCACCAAUGUCUCAGCCAGUGCUGACCAAGCCCUGGACAGAUUUGCAAUGAAGAAGUUUUAUGAUGACAAAGUUUCCUCUCUGAUGCAGCCUUCCCAGAAACGGUAUGUCCAGUUUCUCAGUGGGCUCCUGUCAGGCACAGUGAAGAUGAAUGCCUCGCCCCUGUUCCUUCACUUUGUGAUCCUCCACGGCAUCCCCAACUUUGACACAGGGGGAGUUUGCCAGCCCUUCCUGAAGCUCUACCAAGCCAUGCAGCCUGUGUACACGUCGGGGAUCUACAAUGUUGGCCCAGAACACCAGAACCGGAUCUUUAUCACCAUAGAGCCAGCCCAGCUUCUGAAAGGGGACAUCAUGAUCAAGUGCUACCACAAGAGGUUCCGAUCAGCUACCCGCGAUGUCAUCUUCCGCCUGCAAUUCCACACUGGGGCAGUUCACGACUACAGACUUCUGUUUGGGAAGGAGGAUUUGGAUGGGGCUUGCAGAGAUGAUCGGUUUCCUGGUAAUGGGAAGAUUGAAUUAAUAUUCUCCGCCACUCCUGAGAAGAUUCAAGGUUCUGAACACCUGCGCAAUGACCACAGCGUGACUGUGGACUUCAACACGGCUGACGCGCUGAUCCGAUGGGAUUCAUACGAGAACCUGAAUGCAGAUGGAGAAGUUCUGCACACACAGGGCCCUGUAGAUGGCAGUUUGUAUGCCAAGGUGAGGAAGAAGAGCACUUCAGACCCAGGGGGUCCCUCAGCCACUGCUCCUGCCAGCAGCCCAGACCACGGAGACCACACGCUGUCAGUUAGCAGUGACUCUGGCCACUCCACCGCCUCCACCAGAACAGACCGAACAGAGGAACGACUACCUGGAUCUAAGAGGGGCCUAAGCCCCCAGGAGAAGGCAGAAUUGGACCAACUCCUUAGUGGCUUUGGCUUAGAAGAUCCUGGAAGCCCCCUGAAGGAUAUGAGCGAUGCUCACAGCAAGUACAGUGGGACCCGCCACAUUGUGCCCGUUCAGGUCCAUGUGAAUGGUGACACCAUGCCCAAGGACCGGGAGACGGACAUCCUGGACGAUGAGGUGCCUGGUCAUGACCUACAUAGCGUGGACAGCAUCGGGACACUGUCUUCCUCAGAGGGACACCCGUCAGCUCACCUGGGACCACUUACCUGCCACCAGAGUAGCCAGAACUCUCUUCUGUCUGAAGGGUUUGGCAGUAGCCCUGGGGAAGACCCACGUGGACCGAUUGCCCCAGGCCUGGGCCUUGGUGUGGAGACCUUUGAGCGAGAGCAGGUUUUUGGGGGUCAGGAGCCCAAGCAGGCCCAGCCCGUUCUGAGGCAGCCAUCAGUGUCCGCCCAGACACAGGGUUAUGGCCAGAGCAACUACUCCACGCAAACAUGGGUUCGCCAGCAGCAGAUGGUGGCUGCUCAUCAUUAUAGCUUUGCCCCCGAUGCAGAGGGCAGGCUGGUUAGUCGGGGCCAAGUCGACAGCUCUGGCGUGGUACAGGCCCAGCCCAGUAUUCACGUCACACCUGUGCAAGGGGGCAACAGCAGGGCGACUGUGCAUAGGGGCGGCCCUAGCUUACCACCCCAGGACACACAGCGGCCCCCUCCAGCCAGGCCAUGCAGACCCAGGUUCUCAGACACAGCGGCUGUGAAUGGGACUGGCAUGGAGCUGAGCACUGACCCCUCUCUGGGCUCACCUACCCUGGAUAUUGACCAGUCUAUUGAGCAGCUUAACAGACUGAUCUUGGAACUGGACCCCACUUUUGAGCCUGUCCCCACUCACAUAAAUACCUCGAGUGGCCAGGCCAAUGGCCUUAUGCCCCCAGAAGGCCUGGGCAGUGGUCUGCGGGACACGGAAGACCCCAGAAGAGCCCCUGUGAGACCAGGCUCGUCCGUUGAUGAGCCCCUGACUGGAAGGUUCCGGAAGUGCAGUUUCGGGCAGUAUGACAACAGUGCCAGUGAGCAGCCUGCCUUCUGCAAGUAUGGGUGGGCGAAGAACACCAGUGUGGACCAAGCUCCCAGCCUAGCAUCUUUCCUCUCUCCAGCAGACACCAAAGAGACAGCCAUCACUACCUACCCUCCCGAUCUUGAUGUCACAGAUGGCAGGGUUUUCUCUUCCACCAAAAGCAGCAGUGAGUCCCUGUCCUCCACACCAGCAUUUCCCGUGUCUCCAGGGACACCAUAUGUGACGACAUCUCCACAGUACUCCCAGUUCAGCCCUCCUGGACCGCCCAUGUGCAGCACCAGUAGUCUGUACAAAGGCGAACAUGGGCCUUUCUAUGGACCGACUGGUGUGCUGAGGUGCCCAGAGCAACGAGGCUGUCCUGAGAGUCUCAGCAACACUGUGGGGAUGUCAGAAAGCCCUAUGGGACCCAACCACAUCACACUCCGGGCUGACUUACCGUCAGUGGCCUCCUUCCAGCAGACCUUUGCAACCUCCUGUGCCAUCUCCAGCAGCAGCCCCAGCCAGUGCAGGGACAGUUCUCCCUCAGCUGAGCACCCAUGGGUUGACAGCACCCCCAAAACCACUCUGACCCUGCUGGGAACCAGCCGUCCUGCAGGAGGCCUCGUUGGUGCGAACGACUUCACUAACCUGGACAAAACAGGCCCAGGGCACCCUCAUUUUCCACCUACAGAUCUCCCAGGCUCUUUCCACAGUCAUGAGCUGCCCCUGGCUGAGCUGCCAGGAGUGCUGAGUGUGCAGAGUGGCCAGGCCCCCCGCUGCUUUGGUUCUGCUACUCUGAGCAGUGGCCUCUCCUCCAGGGAGGACCCAGGGGCACUGAUGGCUAAUUCCCACCAGGCCUGCCUGCCCCCUGGCCCCUCGAGGCCUCCAGCAGCUGUGGCAGACAAUGGCUUCCUGCCCCACAACUUCCUUGGGGUGGCGCCCACACAUGGUGGCCAGCAUGGCUCAGCUCUGCCUGGGCAGCCGCCUCUACCCGAGAAGAAGCGGGCGUCAGAGGGAGACCGGUCCCUGGGCUCUGUGUCCCCUUCUUCGAGCGGCUUCUCCAGCCCCCACAGUGGGAGCACCAUGAGUAUCCCCUUCCCGAACAUCCUUCCAGACUUUUCCAAGGGCCCAGAAGCAGCAGUUCCUUCUUCAGAGAGUCCAAAUGACAAACAUCCAUCUGUGAGUUUUGUACAAGAUACUUCCAAAUUCUGGUACAAAGCAGAUAUCUCCAGAGAACAAGCCAUUGCCAUGUUGAAGGACAAGGAGCCCGGCUCGUUCAUCGUCAGGGACAGCCACUCCUUUCGCGGUGCCUAUGGCCUGGCCAUGAAGGUGGCUACACCGCCCCCUUCGGUCCUGCAGAUGAACAAGAAAGGUGGAGAUUUGGCCAAUGAACUUGUUCGGCACUUUUUGAUUGAGUGCACACCAAAGGGAGUGCGGUUGAAAGGGUGUUCCAAUGAACCCUAUUUUGGCAGCCUGACAGCUUUGGUCUGCCAGCAUUCCAUCACAUCAUUGGCUUUGCCCUGCAAACUGCUCAUUCCAGACAGAGACCCUUUAGAGGAGAUAGCGGAAAGUUCACCACAAACAGCGGCCAAUUCAGCAGCUGAGCUGCUAAAGCAGGGAGCAGCCUGCAAUGUGUGGUACCUGAAUUCUGUGGAGUUGGAGUCCCUUACAGGCCUCCAAGCCAUCCAGAAGGCCCUGAGUGUCACUCUGGUCCAGGAACCACCACCCUUGUCCACCAUCGUACAUUUCAAGGUGUCAGCCCAGGGCAUCACCCUGACAGACAACCAGCGGAAACUCUUCUUCCGAAGGCACUACCCCGUGAGCAGUGUGAUCUUCUGUGCCCUGGACCCACAAGACCGGAAGUGGAUCACAGAUGGUCCUUGCUCAAAAGUCUUUGGAUUUGUGGCGCGAAAGCAGGGCAGUGCCACAGACAAUGUGUGCCACCUGUUUGCAGAACAUGACCCUGAACAGCCUGCUAGUGCCAUUGUCAACUUUGUGUCAAAGGUCAUGAUCGGCUCCCCGAAGAAGAUCUGAGCCCCUGAUGGUCUGCGGACCCCAGGGACGCUGGAAUGUCACUCUUGACUCUGGGCCCAGCAGGGAAAGGGCUUCUUCAUUGUGACAAAUGGAACCAACACAUGUUCCCCCUUCGACCUGAUCUGAAAGAACAUUCUCCAAUCCUGGGGGUCUCCCAGAUCUUUCUGGGCAGAAGGAGCCAGGUACCAGGCUUCAGGGUUGGAAGGAACUAAAGGAAGGAAUCACAAAAGGAACCUCCAGGGUGAGGUGUCCCCGGCAAGCCAGUGUUGGUGGGAGGAGACGUCUAGCCAUUCUACGGUGAGCCGAAGACUGUGGAGUCUGCAGCCAACAUCCCAGGAAUCUGGCCACCAGACACAGAAGCUAAUGCACUUCUGAGGGGGAGGCAUGUUUGAGGAAGGAUUCCAGGCAUGAAGCUUUAAGGAUGAGAGUGAGGAGGACCUAUGAGGACCAGAAGGGACAACAUUGUGCCCGGAGCCCAUCAAUGCAGUGAUGCAUCCCUGGCUUCUGUCCACCCUGGCUCUGAGUAAUUUUCUGGGCAUAGAAGAGAGAAGAUGCAGAGCCAAAAUGAGGAGACAUUUCUAGAGAAUGUCUCACUUACCAUGCCAAAUUAUUUAUGUCUCCUCUGCUAGCCUAUCCCUGUGUCCUGUAGUGGCUUGCCACUCUACCAGGGCUCCUGGGAGAGAUUCUGGUCCAGAGAAUUUGCCCCAAAUCCUUGCCAACUGCUGCCUUGGCUGUGCUUGGUCCUUUACCAUUUACAAGGUGGUUUGUCCCAAGCAGCUCACCCAGUGCCUUACUCACCCAUAUUUGUUUCCAAGUUGCAGAGGGGUAGAACGUUUUUUUAAUUUAAACCCAGCAUGUGUCUGCAUUGCUUUUACUGAUCAACUCAGGACUAGCAGAGGACCUUUGUAAGAGUUUGUCCUUUUAAUCUGCACCCUUGGGCUCCCGUUGGCAUGCUGUCACUGUCACUCUUGGAGAAAGGCUAAGAUGAAAUCUUAGUCUCUUUGGGCCCUUUUUGAGCGCACUUUUAUGCUCUAGCUAAAUCAGCUUCUGUUGAGGUGACCAUUUAGUGCCUGUAACUGUUCUCAGCAAGCUGGCUGUGUCCGUAAAAUCAAGUUUUGGCUGAAGUGUGCUCCAGCAUUUGAUGCAUCAUUGACUGGUCAUUUUUGUUUUCUAUAACAAGUACUAUAGUUCUUAGAUCACCAGGAAUCACCAGUAGAGACUCACACUGGGAUUUGGAGCUAUUCUUGGUGGAUUCUGAUUUAGGGCGGGACAGAGACAAGUGAGGCUGUGUGAGUGAGAUACUAUAAAAAAAAAAGUGUCAAGAAGCAGCAGCUUUUGCUAAUGUACCAAACACAAGUGCCUCACUUCUGUGCCAAACAUUUGCCUUAGUCACUGUGGUCCUCCCAGCAUCCACCUGUAUGGCUGUUAAAGAGAUGCCCAGGGCUUAUCCAGAGGUCCUGAUGUCCUGGUUCACAGAGAGGCUGUUUCUAUUACAGUCGGUCAUUCACUGCCAGGGCCUGGUGAAGGGAAAGUGUACUGCCGAUUAGAGGCACUUCAUCAUGGCUUGUACCCAAGUUUGGUCCAAAGGUUAAAGGCUGGUCCUAACCCUUCUGAAGAAGAAGAAAGGGAUCCUGUGGAAUCAAAGCAGAAGGGGGGUGAGAUGGAGGACAAAGCUGCUUGCAGCUCCACCCAGGACUCUGUGCCUAGCCCACUGAUAGUCUUGUUGAGGCUUCAGAAAGUGACUUUCAUUCUUGACAGCCAGCUGGGACAUCCAUACCACAUAUCCAUGACACCAGGCAAUUUGCUUAAGCAGAUAGCUCCCCCUUCAGAAUCCAAGGAAGCCAAACAAGUUCCCGGGCUCUAUCAACCAUCUUCCACAAGAUACUCUAGAGUUCAUGAACUUGUUUUUAGUCCAUAAGCCCAGGUGCUCAUUUCAUCUUAGGUAACUGCAAAGGAUGCUUUAUCCAGGCAUCUGGGUGCCAGUCAGUAGGAAUAGGAGCACUGUCCUGGGGAGCUCAGUGCCAUAGCCAGGGCCCUGGUAACUUGCUCACUAACUACGCUGCAUUGUUCCAGUGUUAACUUACAAACACACUAAACUGAAAUUCCCACAUCUAACGUUCUCUGUGUGUCUCCUCAGCAUCUUGCCAAGUCCCCUGAGCUGCCUUAUAUUAGUGGAUAUUUUUACUCUUCUUGUAUUGUAAAAAUAUAUCCAGUAUGUAAAUGUAUGUUCUAUAAAGUCUUUGUAUAGUCAUUUCUUUACUUUCUAAAUAUAAUCUUUAUCCAGAGUAUAAUAAAAUCAUAAUCUUGGUAAA